UGCUGUCACUCAGAGCUGGUUGUAGGAAAUGCGGGCACGGCGAGAUGUCAGAAGGGCCGUGUUUAUCUUUUCCAGCGAUGUAGCCCAAUUCACACGUUUAAGAUAAGUUUUUUUUGACUAUUUCAAACAAAACGCACAUCUCUGCUCAAUGCAAAGACUGAUGUGGAUCUGGAUGAGCGGAAGAUCGGCGCACAGCGGCAGUGUUUAGCUAACCUUAACAUCUUUGCUAGCCUUUUAAACAAGCCACCCUUCAGAGAAAGAUCCCUAACUACACGAGCUACCUCACACUUUUGCCUUAACUAUUGAAAUUUAUCAGCCCAACGGCUAAACAGCAACCUGCUACGCUCACACUUUUCAUCCGUUCAACGACUGCGACGGGGGGGUCACGGUAACCGGAGCCGACAGGAGCCCCCCCGGGACGGACGGACGGACCACACAACUGCUGCUGUUGCAGUGAGACACAGGUAUGGCUGAAAUCUCCGCCCUUAGCCCCUCUUCCCCGAGUAGGGGCGACCAGACUGUGCCUGCUUCCUCUAGCCCACACAUGCUCCCCUCAGAAACUCCCAUCCCAAAAUCAUCUUUAUAUGGAGACCGAGCAGUAAUGGGAAACCCAACAGUAGAGACAGAAGGAAAAAACUCCCCUACCCACGGUUCAACUUGGGAGACAAGGUCUGGCCAAAAUAAUGUUGAUGCCCCUUUAACAGCAACAAAGAGUGCUGUUGAUCCACAGGUAGAUGUUUUAGCUGCUACAAAUGAAGAGACUAAUGGGGACAAUGCUGGAAUUGACCACACAGAAGUGCACGGGUCAGAACAGCAGCAACAAAUGCCUUCUUUCCCGGAACUUAAUCCGAGUCCUAAUCUCUACCCCAAUGUGGAAGUCAGUAAAAUCUCUAAUCCUGCUCCCCCCAUAGACAUUCCCCUUGAACUUCCCCCUCCUCCUAUGCCUGUCUCCUCAGAACAUCUCUCAACCUGCAACCCUGCUUCCUCCCAAUCUUCACAAGACUCAACAGCAGAUCCUGCAUCAAAAGCACACACACUCCCCGAUCCCCAGCCUGCCCAGGACUCCAAUACUCCGAACACUCCCAGCACAUGCAAAAUGACUCCUGAGCCUCCCUGCUCUCCCUCCCGGGCGGAGCCUCCAAUUGUACAGGUCCAGGAGUCAGGUGAGUCCCUGGUUCCACCCUACUCAUACUCUCGACCGGCCCCAGACUCAAUCAGCUACCUGGAGUCAGCCAGUCUGAUGUCUGGCACAAUGGAGUCUCUGUCAGGGCUCGGUGAGGAUGGAAGCUCAAUGGGGUCAGAUUCAGAGAUCAACGGCCCUGUGCGACGUACUGAUAAAUAUGGGUUCCUGGGAGGAUCGCAAUACAGUGAUGCAAGUGAGCUGGAGAUUCAGGUGGCUGUGGCGAGGCAGAGAGAAAUGAAAUGGCUGGACAUGUUCAGAAACUGGGAUAAGUGGAUAUCUCGACGCUUUCAAAAGGUGAAACUACGCUGCAGAAAAGGUAUCCCCUCUUCACUCAGAGCUAAAGCCUGGCAACUGCUGUCAAACAGCCAGGAACUUCUUGACACAAAUCCCGGGAAGUUUGAGGAGCUGGAGAAAGAGCAGGGAGACCCUAAGUGGCUGGACAUCAUAGAAAAGGACUUGCACAGGCAGUUCCCAUUCCAUGAGAUGUUUGCAGCUCGGGGAGGACAUGGCCAGCAGGACCUGUACCGUAUACUGAAGGCCUACACCAUAUACCGGCCGGAUGAAGGCUACUGUCAGGCUCAGGCCCCUGUGGCAGCAGUGCUUCUCAUGCACAUGCCUGCUGAGCAAGCUUUCUGGUGUCUCGUUCAAAUCUGUGAGAAAUACUUACCAGGGUACUACAGUGCUGGGUUGGAAGCUAUCCAGCUGGAUGGAGAGAUAUUUUUCUCUCUGCUAAGGAGAGUGUGUCCAAUGGCUUACCGCCACCUGAAGAAAUUUAAGAUCGACCCCAUCCUUUACAUGACAGAGUGGUUUAUGUGUAUCUUCUCUCGUACGCUGCCUUGGUCCUGCGUCUUGCGUGUCUGGGACAUGUUUUUUUGUGAAGGGGUGAAGAUCGUGUUUCGUGUGGGUUUGAUGCUACUCAAGCAAAUGCUGGGAUCUGUGGAUAAGCUUCGUGAGCUGCAAGGCAUGUACGAGACCAUGGAGCGACUGAGGAACAUUCCCCCUGAAAGUAUCAGGGAGGAAUUUGUGGUGCAAGAGAUCAUCGCUUUACCCGUGACCGAGGCUCUAAUAGAGAGAGAGUGCACUAUUCAGGUGCGGAAGUGGCGGGAAUCCCGUGGCACGUUGACUCACCAACCGGGCCGUCGUUUACAUGGCACUCGGGCCAUCUUUGAGCAGAAGCAACGGGCCGCUGCGAUCAGCUCCGGUGGCAGCCUUUCCUUCCUGGCCAGUCAUAUCCCCGCUCCCGGCCCUCUGCGUGCCUCCGCAAGCCUCUUAUCCCUUACUGGUCUGAGAAAGUCCAAGGCACCAUUUUAUUCUCAGACUAAGAAAGAACGUGAUGCUUUUCCACUGCAACCUCUAGGGGGCGGCAUUUCUAUAGUGACAACACAAUCCUCAUCUGCGACGACCCACUCGAAGCCUCCCAUAUCUCCUCCCUAUAAUGCAGGAGCUGGGGUGCGAGCACAGGUGCUGCGUGAGCCCAGUCCUUUAGCUACAACAUCUUCCGCUACUACGGUACUGGCUCCGACCGCACACGUCUCCAGUGCGCAAACACUCCAGCCGACACCUAAAGUGGUUUCUGAACACAUCACCCCCACCCUUCCAUCUCCUACUGCAAAUAACGCCCCAUUACCGCCAUGCCCCGAAACCGUAAAACCAACAACGGCGGGAGCAGCAGAGGAGGACGGAAAGAAGAAAAAGAAAAGCAAGGAGGACAAGAAGAGGGAGAAGGAAGAGGAGAAACAAAAAGCACGAGAGAAGAAGGAAAAGGAGAGGCUGGAGAAGGAGAGGCUGAGGAAAGAGAAGGAGAAAGCAGAGAAGGAGAAGAAAAAGGAGAAGGGUGGAAAGAAAAAAGAUAAAGGAGGAGGAGAGUCAGAGGAGAAGAAUGGAGCCGCUGCAGCGAAAGAUUUGGCCUGAUUCCUUACCUGCAAGAAGAAGAGCAGGAGGAUUGGGAAUGAGGAUACGGACACAAAUCGGCUGCAGAAUGGUGAAAUGAGAGAGAGAAAGAGAGAGAAUAAAAGAGAAGGAGAGACAGAGAGGAAAAAUGAACAAUCUCCUGUAAUGUCCAUUUCAUCUCAAGUUCUCAUUUCAUGAGGAUAACUGGAUCCUGCCCCACAUGCUCCACCACUCAUCAUCUCUUGUUCUUGAAAGUGCGUUAAGAGCCCAGUGCUGACCUACAAAACAGGCAAAAUUUAAUAUUAUUCAACUGAAGUUUUUUGAAUGUCGAUAUCUGAUGGAUGAGAUCAACAGGAACAGUAUAAUGAGUAGUCAGUUGUGCUGGGUGCCAUGGUGUACAUAGACCUCUAGCGCCAUAUGUAAAGGGCUCACCUAUGCCAUUCAGUCUUGUAAUCCCUUCUGUAGAUCAUCUAAAAGGUGUCACGAACAGAAUAUGAGUGCACAGAGAAAUGUGGGGUUUUGAACUUCAUGCCAGUAAUAACUGUAAUCUGAGUGUUGUGGAGGAGCUAUUUAUUCAUUGUAUUGUUGUUUGUUAGUAUAUGUUUGUGUGUUAUUGUACGUCUUCGCCUUGGCAUGGUAAUGAACUGUAUCGCAGUCUUGUGUUGCGGACGGGUCUCAUAAAGUUCGUUGUUCUCUCUUAAACAAGCGUAAAAUGGCAGAAGUAGUUCUAGGAAGUGGCCAUUAGAGGGCGUGGAACAGUCGGGGGAACAAAUUCAUUAAAUAAUGGGUAUGUUUGACUUCAUGCAAUGCCACAAGAACGACAAUGCAGAUGGCAUCAAAGUACCGCGAGAGCCAUUUGAGAAAUCACGCACAGCUGUCUGCUCUCGAAUCGUUGUUGGACUGCUUGAAUGUCAUCACGUCAGUCCUUGCGCCGGCGCAUAAAGUCGAACAGAUUUAUUGAGAACUGGGAGGGAGAAGUACAUUAAACAAUAUCUGAAUUGGAUGUGUUUCUCUUUUAAACUCCCAUCACUUUCUUUGAACCAUUUUUAUGUCUCUGUGUGAGUUGACCAUAUUAAAUGGCUAAAUUAACAUAGGUGUUUAAAAAAAUUUAACCGUUGACAAAGCGUACCUAUUUCUACUCGAAAUUUGCAGGACUGAUCGCAGUCUGUAUUUAGGUCUCAUCAAAAAUGUGUUUUAUUGACACUCCACUUUUGCUGACGAUCUUGUUUUUCGACUAAGUUAUGUACACUGCGGUAAAGGUUAAAUAGGUGUACAGAUUACUUCAAAUAUCUGUGUGGUUUGAUGUUUUCAUCUUGAUAUUAAUAUGGAUGUAGAUUUCAGUAUUUUAUCACAUUUUGCACUGAGCUCUGUUGAUUUUCACUAUUAAUCUUAAUCAGUUAAUGUAAUGUAGGACUCUUUAGUCCAGUUUACCUGAUUCUGCACCGUUUUGGAUUGGAAGGUUUGGUGCAGCAGUGUAGCAUUAACCUUUGAAGCCCUUGGCUUCAGGCUGUAACAUUUUGAUGUACAAACUCUAUUAAUUUAAUUAGAUAAAACUAUAUAAUAUCUAUUACACUUAAUAUUAUUCUUUAGUUGGUUUCGAUUUUUUAUUUUAUUUUUUUAUGCAUGUAUACAAAGGCCUGCUAGACUGGAAUGGCAGUGAACUUUCCGAAUGAGAGCUUUUAUCAAGAAUUUGUAUUUAAUCUCACAGGAUUUAUUUUUGUUUUUAAGUGCUGAAAAUUAUUUUUGCACAUUUUCCCAACAUCUUGGAGAACAAAGCCAAUCGUUAUUUAUUGUUGACCUUUUAACAUAACAAACUUGUUUAGUGUUAAUACAGUAUUUGCGUUGUGGGAGAUGAUAGUGAUGAUUUCAUAGUACUCAUAAUUAUUUUCUUCAUUUUUAAAUCAUAUUCCAAACCUAUUAAAGGGGGAAAUUAUUCCAAAGAGGAAACAACGGUCUAGACAUGCUAACUAAAUUAUUCGCUAGGCAUUUCUGUAUUACAAAAUUGUAACCUUCACCUGAACAGUGUUACUCCUAAUCUGACGUAAACUGAGGACUAGCUCCACCUUAUCCUACUGACUUUUUAUGUAUUAUGACUUCUGAUUUACUCACCAAAUUAUUGGACCAUUCUUUGGUUCUUCUUGUAAUUUAAGGACGUCUACUCGAUCUAUACACUUGUUGACUAUUCUCAAAACCUGAAAUAUGGGAUAUCGCUUAACCAAGUCCUGGUGAAGAGGGACUUCCUUUGCAAUAUGGUAGCCAAAUACUCUGUCAGUGUUUUAAUGGUGUCUCCUGUGUUUAUUGACCGUGUUAGUCUGGCCUUGUUGUGUUGUUUGAUCUCAACAGCAGGUCCUCCUCAACGAUCAGUGGUGUCCUUACUGACCUCACCGGUCACUGCUUCCUCUAAUGGCACUACUGUUCAAAUGGAAAGCAAACAAUAUAGGUCUAUGCAAACUUCGUGUUAUUAAUUGUCUGCACAAUAAAACUACUUUCACUUUGGCCAUCACUCCUAAAGGUAAGGUGGAUUGCGAUGUCCAUGGCCGGUAACAACUCAGGUGUGCUAUCAUGAAGAAUUGCUUUAGGUUUUAACCACUAGGUUGAUACUUUCAGGACACCGUUUGGCCAAAAGUACAACAGGGACUUAACAUGGUUUGUGAUCACCAAGAAUUAAUGCAAGGUCAUCCAGCAUUGGUUUAUGACGACACCUGGGACAAGCUGUAGGGUACAGUAGUUGAAUUGUAUUACAGAUUUCUGCAUUGGAAAGUAUGGCCCAUUGUAGGAUUUCUGUAAAACUCAUUUUUAUUAUUAUUUUUUUUAUGUUUCAGUGAACUCUCAUCCUGUAACUUGUCUUGAAGUUGUUUUAAGUUUACAUAAAACCAUUUAGGCUACUGUUGAAAAGGACAAAUUCAUAUGAGGAGGAUAAAUGCAGAAGAGGAAGUUCACACAGUGUAUUUAAUAAUUAAUUUGAUGACAGAUGUGAUGAAUAAUAAAUCAUAAUAUAUUAAAAUCCCCCUGUUGUGUUUUCAUCGAAAAUAUUCCUUUUUGUAGUUAUUCAAUACAUUUUAUUUUGGUUUUAGGAUUAAUGAUUAAUGUGAAACCGAAAUAUUUCUAGUUUAAGGGGUCGUUUCCUUUUAUUUCUGUUAUGUCUACCUAAGGAUGCGCGCGCACCGGAACUCCGUCAUCAGCAAAAGGCGCGAAUUUCUGAGGUGAGGUACUUGCUUUAUGAGAGGAUGAAUGAUUGACUUUUAAUUAUUAAACAUUCUUAAUAGUUUCUUUUAAGAUUCUUUUUAAGUUUCUUGCAAGAUAAUGAUCAGAAAAUGUAUAAAGCUCUUCGUACAAGAUGUUUGUUUAGAGGACAAGGUAUGUAGCAGCAAACAUUUAACGUGUGAAACACGCAGAUUUACUUUUUCAGUGUUACGUUUUCAUGCUAAUUUCGAGCUGAGUUUGUAAUUUAUAUAGUAUAUUUUAAUUUACAAUCAUGACACCACUUUUAUUCAUAGCAGCUGUGCUUUUGUUUAAUUACUAACAUUGUCCAUUAGGCAGCGCUGUUCACAUACUUUAUUGCAUUCUUCCUCAUUUUACUUUUCUGUCUCUGUGAAUUACAGCAGGGACAGAUAGAAAGUCUCUUUCAUCACGCAUAGACACAGCAGUACAAAAGAUAGAUGUUUUAUUCACAGUUUGUGUCUUUUUAUUGGUUACAGAAGAGUUUCUGACAGAGCAAAGCAGGCCCAUAUGCAGGAAGCAAAGUGGUUAAAUUAAAAAAAGACAUGGACAGAGCAAUAGUGGAAUGGAGGGGAAAGGGGGAGUUGAAGAGGAUAUGUUUUCUUUCAGUCCCCGCUUUCCUCUCUUCCUUGGAUGGUCUGCCUCUCUAACUCCCUCCACAUUAACUUGGCAUCACUUUUAGGAGACCAAGAUCUCUCAGUACAAACCUUACUUUCUCAUUUUCUCACCGUUAGUCAACCAGCGGGGAAAGAAACAAGACUGAUGAUGGGCUCCUCUAUUGUAGAGUGAGAUCAUGUCAAUGCUCGUUUCCCAGGGCUUACAAAACACUUCCAGAUCUUGUUAGACAGCUGUUUCAGCCAAAAGCAGGAAGGCGCCUUUUUGCAACUUGAAUGCAUGCUUUUGACAAUACCACGUGGUCAUUGGAAGUAAUAAAAAAGUAAAAAUGAGUGAGAAAUAGAGAGAGAAAGAGAGUAUGUGAGAGAAAUGGAUGUUGAAACGAUAAAGAUCAUUUUAUUGAUAACAAUACCAUGUCCCCACUGACAGACUCUGUGGUCAUGAACUUCUCCACCCUCCCAAAUGAUUCUCAGCGAGACAAGUCUUUGUUUUUGAAUGAGAGCAAAAUUGGGAGAGAUAGAGAGCGUAAGUGCUUGAGAGCAACAAAGAUGAUGGAAAGGAAGAAGAGGAAGAAACACAAAGUGAGAGAAGGAGGACAAAGAACAGAUUGGGAGAGUAAAG